AGAUGGUCAUAUCAGCGAGAAAGGGACAUACACGUUGCAUCUAUAAAUAGUGCAUCAACCAGAUCCAGUAUUCCAGGUUCAAUAAACACUCCCCAAAAUGGAUGGGACAAUAGCCCUCCCGAUGUUCCAGCCCUAUAAAGCACGCCCUCUUUCCUCGGACUCCCCUCUCUCUCCUCAGCGAACCGGUCCCAACGCUUCGAGCCCACUAUCCGCAAAUAUAACCCGGGUUUUAUAAUAAUUCAGCCAUGGUAAGUAGCGAUUGUCGGCUCCGUGGGGCCGAUCUCGACUCCACUCCCUUAUCUUCACGGUCUCUGACGCGUCUUCAUGAUAUUUUCCAGAGCGGAUUCCUUGGCCAAGCUAAAGACUUUUUUAGCAAGGGAAACCAUAAACAGCUCGUCACCGAUGCUAAAAACGUUCUGAAGGGGGGUGGGAAGACCGGCGAUCUCACCAAGCUUGCCAAGGAUGGGUACAGCGCUUAUCAAAAGUCCCAGCCCUCUGGCAAGGGGAACCAGAACAACAACAACCACGGAUCCGCCAACAAUGACAGCUAUGGUGGCAGCUCGAACAACGAUUCAUAUGGCAGCGGCAACAACAAUUAUGGCAGCUCCAAUAACGAUCCGUACCGUAACCACAAGAACAAGAACAACAACGACCCUUAUGGCAGCUCCAAUAAUGAUUUGUAUGGUGGCCGCAACGACAACGGCAACAGCUAUGGUAGUUCGAAUAAUGAUUCGUACUAUGGUAGCCGCCAGUACGACAACAACAACUACAGCAGCUCCAAUUACAAUGAUUCGUACUAUGGUAGCCGCCAGUACGACAACAACGCCUACAGCAACCCCAAUUACAAUGAUUCGUAUGGUAGCCGCCAGUACGACAACAACAACUACAGCAGCUCCAAUAACAAUGAUUCGUAUGGUAGUAGCAACAACGGCAACAACACCUACAGCAGCUCCAAUAACAGUGAUUCGUAUGGUAGUAGCAACAACAGCAACAGCUAUGGCAGCUCGAACGAUAACUCGAACAGCAGCAGCAGCUACGGGACCGACAGUUGUGGGUCUGGUUACUAGUCAUCGAUUGUCCCCCUUCAUUCCGCCAUAUUCUUCCUGUCUCCUGACUGCGGACGUGUGGCUUGUACCUUGCCAAUGUGGAAAGAUACUACUGUAUUGUAUGUGGAAUGUCGUAACUGGGCUCCCAAUUCCCGCUUCUCUGUAGCGGGUCUUGAAUGCGUGAACUGAAUGCCUGUGCAAGA